AUGAAGUUUAGCACAAUGUUUUACACAGUGUCUGACCUGAAUGGCUUGCUGGAGGUAGGAACAUUUUUCCCAACUACAAAAUAGAAAGAGGUAGAAUAUAUUUUUGCUAUUAAAAAUAACCCAUUCGUGUUUGUAUUGUAGAACUAAAGCAGUAAAAGGAUGAUAUGUGGUGAAAAAAACUCUGCUGUAAUACAAAAAAUUACUGAGUGCAGUAUUGCUGAAAUAUUUAUAUGCUUUUAUCUGAUCUAUUUCCUAACCACAAGGUAUUUGCCUGCGAAUCCCUGGCACUUUUGAUAUUACCUGAAGGCAAAUGGUAUAUAGAUUUAUACAAGUUAUUUACAACAACAGCCAAGCCAUUCCUCUGGAAACUAGGCUGCAGAUCAAAGGAUUGUUUUGAUCUCUACUUAGCAUAUUUGUUUAACCUAGCCAGUGAUUCUGAAAAGUGCACAAGCUUUUCGGUGAUAUGCAGAGCACCCUUUAUCCGUCUUUUUCUUCUGUUAGCUCUGGAUUUAAGUACUUUCUGUAUUUAGGAGACAACUGGAUUUGCCAGCUUUUGAAAUUUAGUUGCCCACUGCUAGCAGUCUUGGCACUCAGAAAUAGAUAACUAGGUAUGUUCCACUGCUAAUCCUGAUCGGCCUUGUAAUAGUAUUUGUGGACUGUACAGCACUCAAUUAGGGCAUAAUGUGCUAUUUUUAUUUCCUUUAAGUUGGAUUAAAUGUGAAAACAUGUUUGUUUUUUCCCGUUCUCCUCGACUGUUUACUGUGUGGGUACUUUGCAAAGUAUUGUUUUAUACUGUUUCAAUCAGCAGCACUCUCUCCAGACAGGAUUGCAAAAUGUCAGGAGAAAAACAAUGUCCAAACGCUCUCUAAAAAAGAUGCCAGGGCAAUCAGGAAAUUUUCUGGAAUGCUUAAGAGAAUGCAUAUGCACACAAUGCCCUAAUUCUCCCUUACUUUGGGUUUGGGAAAGAUGAGCCCAGGUUUAUUGAGAGCCAAAAAAGGGGGCAGAUGGCUCACAAGAGGGAUAAACCUGGGAAGUCAUGCUGUAAAUGUGUUUUACAGAAAACAAUGAAAGGAGCGGACAAAGCGAUUGUGGCAAAGUCCUUUGGAAAAUGGAAAAGCAGCUCUCUAAGGUCCAGGACCAUGGAGAAGCCGGAUGAGCCGUCCGAGGAGAGUAAGGAGGAGAGCCUUUCCAACUGCACCUGUGAAGCCCCCCAACUCGGCAAGAAACCAGUUGGUAAAAGUAACAUAUUUCCUUAUUUCUACUACAUUCAGACUAAUCUGUCUCUAAGCUUAUUUUUCUUGUUGCAGUGUUAAUUAUUACUGUGGUGACUUGCUUUUUUUUUUUUUUUUCGUUUUCUGUUUUUUUUUUUUUUUUUUUUUUUUACAUUGACUCUAUGGCCUGCCAUAUCCGGUGAACAAACAAACCACAUUGUUGGGCAGGAGAAUUCCUUUUGAGGGAAAGUGUGUCUCCGAUGAUACAGUGUUGCCAGAAAAAGACAAAGCAAAAAAUAGCAAACACAAAAACAGUCACAGGUGCAUGGGAAAAAGAGAGAAGCGAGUGAAUGGUCACUGCGGUCCCCAGGAGGUCUUUCAGUGUUAGCCAGUGCGGUGGGUGGACUUCUGACAAGGACGUUGGUUAGCAGCCAGGUGGAGUGUGUAACUGAGAAUGCCUCUGUUUAUUCUUUUCACAUGCUAAUGUGGCUCCUAUGUGACUUUAAUGCGGCAAAACUUUUUCUUGGAGUUAACAUUUUUGUUGUCGAAAUACCUGCUACUGUAUCACAGCAGUGGGCUGAUUCAAAGGCAAAAUUCUCUUUUAUAUAGGUUUGGGACUCUGCCAGGUAUGGGGAUGUAUUUAAUAGGCUGCAUGUAAAGAAGGAUUUACAACGGUGGAAAGUUUUUAGUGCAAACAGGUACAGAGUUGUCUCAAUAAAUCCUGACAAAUACUCAAGUUAGAGACUUUCAAAGCAUGUAGGCCUGCUUUGACAUUUACACUGGAUCUUUGGAGGAUGCAGCCGGUGGUGUAGCAUUGAUGUCGACUCAGAUUAAGGCGAAUAGACACUUGGCUUUUGUAUCGUAUUUAUGUUUCUUUCUGAUUUGCGGUCUAUGCAAUUUAAAAUAUGGAUCAUAGUUUUCAAAAACCUGACAUCAGGCAUCUGACUCUAUAAUGAAAGUCUGCAUGAGAUCCCAAGUUCUGAGCAAAUGCACCCCUAUGUGGACAAAGUAAGAACAGUGGGGUAUUUAGAUGAAACAAAAAGUCCAUGCAGUAUUUAUCAGUCUACUGCUUCGCUUUCAAUCCAUGUGUUCUGACUUGUUAGUGUAAUAGGCCAUCAAUACUGCAGUAAACAUACUCUAAAAUGUAUCUUAAGCUCUCAUUAGCAGUUCAUGUGGCAGCCUCAUGUCUAAUCCGGGAGCACAGAGGAGAGCAAUAUGGCCUCACGUUAUGGUUCGUUCUAUACCUUGUAGAGUACAAUCUGUAAAUAGCAUAAAAGGCAUUGCAUCUGCCAUCUGCACUUCUAGGAACUCUUCUGCAUAGCCAUUAAAACAAGCUGUCUCAGAGGACAUCAUUCGUAUUUCAGCCUCAACCCUGAAUUACUGUGUGUUCAUUAUAAUUAUAAGGGAGGAGUGUUGCCAGGCUAGCCCGCAGAAUGCCAGGUGCACACUUCCAUAAUCUACCAUUUUAAACAACUCAGAGCAUUAACAACAGUAUCUACAUGCUAUUCAGCCAUUAGUUCACUCUGGCUUUCAUGCUGAAACUCACAUCAGUCAACCCAGCAUUUUGUAUACGCCGCAACACACAUCAUACAGGAAGGAAGUGCAAUACUUUGUAGUGUUCCAGUUUCCUAAGCCUGCUUAGGUUAUGUGACUGAGCCAUGCCGCUGUGUGAAAUUUUAUCCCGAUACUGGCACUGUAUCCUUGUGAGGGAGUCUUGUAAAAUAGGUUUACUUAGCGCCUUUGCUGGCAUUUUCCGAAGAUAGCAAAUGCACAAACACUGUCCAUGAUCGGAUUAACUGUUCAACAAAAUGAUGUAACUCUUUGUCUUUCUUGUGUGGCAUAGGUUUCUCUGCUUAAGUUUAGUGGUCAUCCUGCAGAGAAUAGACACAUUUGAAAUCCAGUCACAUCAUUAUAAUCCAUAUAUUGUGAAUAUAAUAGAUGACAGCCCUGGUUAGUCAUCCUUUGUCACAUAAAUGUGACAUGUGACUGCCCAGAGUGAAUCACUCACCCUAAAAAAAAAUGCACACAAACACACACACACAUAUGUACACAUAUACACAUACACACUAGAUUUUUCAAGAUUCUGCUCCAAACUGUGCAAUAACAUUCCUUAAUUAACACAAGUCCUAAUUUGUAAGGCAUUUAAUUUUGAACUUAGCCCGAUGUUCCUCUCCAGUGUUGAAGCGCAGGAUUUAAAUUGCAUGUGAUAAGUGUGAAAGAUGUUUUUAAGCAACCAUGUACAGUAUAAAGUACGCUAUGCCAAGUACACAGAGAACAUGAAUUUGCACCUGAGGACAUAUAGCUAUACAUCCAGAGUCACAAGGUAUGUCAAGACAAAAUGUUAAUUACACAAUUUAUGACAGAAAUCUUUUGAAAUAUCUCCACGGAUCUCGCUUAUUUACAUUUUAAUUACUACUAUUACUUAUUCUUAUUUUUUGGAUGUGACCAUAGCAAGCCCAAUUCCUCCCCUACACUAGAAAGAAGCAAAAUGACUGUUUUCCACUGGAGGUUUAGAUGCUUGUUUAUCACUUUUAAAUACCAUCAUCUUUGCUGAAAUCCCCUCUCAAAAGAACCUUUCACUUGCUGGAAUAAAUUCAAAUUAAAAUUUAAAUCCCUCUUUGCAUUUCUUCAGCCUUUUUUAAAAUAGCUGCCUCCUUUUAGAAAGCUGUUUAUGUAGUGAUCUGUUCAUAAUCCAGUUUGUUUCUCAACAGCGAAAAACACAGAAAUCGUAUUAUCACUAUCUUGGAGAGAUGAUGCGAGAAAUCAGGAAGUAUAAAUGUCUGGAUCUGGGGAAGUUUUCAAAGUUGUAAAGCUGAAGAAAAUGGCAAAAGCCUCUCGAUAAAGUAGUCACUAACACUUGCAAUUUGACUUGCAAAUACACAGAAAAAUAAAGUACAUUGUGCCCUGAUAACUCCAAAACAUUCCUCCAACCUUUAGCACGGCUCGUGUGCUGAUAAACAAUAUGUGCUCAUUCAACAAAUACACAACAUUUUGCAUUUAAGAAAACACGUCGAGUGUAUUUCUCAUGCACUAUAGAUAGAUGUCUUAUCAGAAAUGUUGAUGUGUGACAUACUACUGAAGUGAGAAUUGGAAGAUUAAACGUUGGCACUGUGGCUGACAAGUCAUGUCUGUAAACAGCUCUCUUUCUAAUACAAGGAGCUCACCUUCUAUUACGCUGAGAAAAACAAUAUCUAAUCAGAAAUUUGUAACAAAUAUAAACACAAAAAGCAGACAUUUACAUGCAAUGCCUUUUGAUAACAAUCCAUUUCAGAUCUAAAAUGACGCAGAAGAGGCCAUAGGGAAAUUUAAUUUGCCUGAGCUAGAUUGGAUUUAUUGUUUGGAAACAAAUUAUAAUUGUGUCUCCACAAAGUUAACCAAGAUCUAAACAAAAGGAAAUCAAUGACCCACCCCCAUUAAUCACUCAAAGCCAGCUACUUGUGCUGAAGAAACUUACUUCAUAAUCAAUGUCUUUGUUUUGCUCAAAGGGCAUUUGCAUUUUAGUUCAUGUCAGCAAGCUUCCUGUAUCUGGCGCAAUCAAAAACUGCAAGCCAUUCACAUUAAUGGAGUUUUUUUUCUAUUUAUUCAAGUGCAUAUCUCUGAAUACUCAAGAUGAUUUUAGCUUAUUAUGCAAACUACCCAACAAAUAUUUUGAAAACAGGAGAACAAAAAAUAAAAAAAAUCUGAUGAAAGGCAGACUUAACUUUAGUGAGGCUUUUGGUGCUUUCAGUGUCACAGUAAAACAUGUGUUUCUUUAGUGUUAAUGACCACAAACAAACCAACAUCUCCUUAAGAUGUUGCAUUCGAGCACCCUCGGGACUUUUGAGACCAGACUGAAAUGCCUCCCGUUAUCUGUGUCUAGACAUACUAUUACGGCCACCAAGGUCAUUAUCAAAGCUCACAUUAUACACACCUGUUACCAUUGUUUAGAUGCUCGGUUUUUGGCUGAACAUCCAAGCUCCUAUCUGGCCACUUAUAGGCGUGUCUGCUUCAUUGUCUGCCUGCCUGAGUGGAAAAGAUGGGCAGGGACCCCCAGAGACGCACAGAUCUGGACCUAACCUCUCAAUGACACAACACAAUGGGUGCGCGGCCUCUGAACUACAAAAGCCAGAUAUCGGCUGACCAGUCAGGCAUUGAUUUCUCAGAUGUGAGCAAUCAGAUAGUGUCGUUUUAGGGCUGUCAAUGUAAAGUAACCAGCCAUGACUGUUAAUGACCGCUGCUCUUAGUUGUUAUUGAGAAAGUAGACAGGAAUUAUAGGUAACCUUUUAUUUCUAUUGAGUCAGAGAAGCUGCAAAAACUAUUAAUAUCCUUAGAAGAUGCUAAAUAUUAAAUCACAUUUAACUACAUCUUUUUUUUUUGUUCAGUCCCAUUAGUGUGGGCUAAAUAUUAAAGAAAAAAAACAAGUAAAGACCAAAAGUAACAAUUGGUCACUACUGGUCCCCCCUUAGUUAUGUAUAUAGAUGUAAAAAGUUAGGGAAUAAAACCAUCUUCCAUCUGCUUUUAUCAAAUCAUGUUGAUGUUAUAGACUUUAAUGAACACAUGGGCUACAAAUAGCCUUCAUUUUCAUUUUCACACCAUAAAAGUCAAAGUUUGGUGUCGUAGUACAUCUUACAAAUUGAACUUUGGUAAAUCCGUCUUAAUCAAACACUCCAAUUUUUGGGCAAACAGGAACUAGAAGUAACCCGGGGUUACUAAUGGUCCUUGUAAUCCCCACCACUGGUACUGAUGAGGUACUUGACUUGUAUUUUUGUAACAUGUAAUGAAAGGAGUUAUAAAACACAACCAGUUUAAAUAGCCUUUUUCAAACCAUUUGGGCAAUGCUUUUAGACUUAUGUUCACAUUCAUACCAUAAAAAGCUUGUCAUUUUGAUGAUGAAGUUAACAGCUAUUUUUAACAGUGACUUUUACACUCGUGUACAUUUGGGAAUUAAAAGUCAAAAUUUUCUCCCAGUUUUCACAAAGUUAUUGCCCUAAAGUCUGAUUUUGACAUGGCUGAAGUCCAUGUCUUAUUACCUGUUACUUUAGAAUAAUUGGUAUUAUUACAUAAAUACUCAUUUAAUCAUUUUUUAGGACUACCUGAGUGCGUCAUAUCCAGUCAGAGGAAGAUUUAGUGAGUUUGUGUAAGGAAACUCAAAUAUGACAGAGCCCUAAUUCCUAAGGCAUCAGUUCAAGGCAGAGAUAUAAAACAUCCUAUAUUUGUCCAUAAAACAUUUGAGAUGUUAUUGAAGUGUCUUCAAAGGACACUGAAUAAACAUAUUGUAAGGUUGCCCACGGUCACACGCAAAUCGCCCCAAAGGGGAUUGCUGGGAAGUAAUCUAAUCAUUUCUUUUAACUGAGGCACAGUGACAUGCAGUGCAGAUAAUGAUCCCCAUGAAAAAUGUACUGUAUUUUCAAAAGAAUAUUCCCUGUCUGUUGACAUUAACAUAAAGAUAGUUCUACAUCCUGGAGCCAUAUCAACAACAUGUACUUAUGUGUGGUUCCUUGUAUUUGCAUAUGCAAAUGUUUUUUUAUUUUAUUUUUUAUUUUGAUUCAGUCCUUUUAUGUGACUUUCUGUGAUGAACAAGCGGCAUCAAGUGGUUGCACAAUGAGGGUUCAGUACCACCAAGAAGAAGCAUUUGUGUCAUUUUAGACCGAGCUUACAGCGUUCUCACUGAAAUUAACCACAGUUUAAUAUAGAUUUCUACACGUCUAUCACAUUCAAUGGCACGUCGUGAAUAUGCAUUGUUGUUUGGCUGUUUGGGCUGCCAUGCGAAAUUAGUCGCCUUGCUUUGUUGAAAUUACGGGGCGGGGUGUUGAGUGAGGGGGUUUGUUGAAGUUAUACCGCUGACAUUUUGAUCCAGCAGUGCAUUAGAAGAAUUCAGUUAAACAUAUUUGUGUAGGUUUCACAGGAGUAAGGUAUAGUGCUCAAAACAACAGGGUGCUGCGACCCUUCACUUUGCUUACAUAAUUUGCAGCAGAAUGCAAAAAGCUUUUAGACACAGAUGUGACCCAUUGUAAUACCCUUCUAAAUGCAAUCAAACACUUUCUACAAAUAUGAGCAGGACUUUUUAAAUGUGAACCCUUGUUUGACAUGUAAUUUUGUCCAACCCACUCCUCUUUCAUUUCUCCAUCAGCUCUCUCCAGUUAUGCCCACAUUUUCAGUUGAUGAAAUAGCUUGACAAAACACUAGUUUAUGUUGCUCUGAAUGAGGUCUCUCUCUCUCUCUCUCUCUCUCUCUCUCUCUCUCUCUCUCUCUCCCUGCGUUUUUUUAUUUUUUCACACAUCUGAACAGAUGUUAGGGCCAAAAGAAAAUGUUCCAUUUUGUAAUAGCCAUGUAGUGUAGUCCUAAAUAUGUUGCUUUUUAAAAUUCUGUCAAGAUUGUUUUACAAGAGGGGAUCCUUUUUUUGUGUGUUUAUGUGACAAAACUGAUGUCUAGCUCAUGACACAAAAUAAUCAUCCCCAGAACAAGCUUCCUGUGUCCUCACAGCGAGAUUGUCCGCAUAAGCAAACAAAGGAACAUGUUAUUUGAUAAGAUGCCUAGAUAGACGCGUCUUUACUUUCAUAUGUUUGUAUGAUUAUCAGACACAAGCAGAGAAAAGAGGGGAAAUCAGUGCAGGUCUGCUCGUCUUUGUAUGUCUCUUUCACCGUGUACCAUGAAUUGGCUCUUGAAGACAGUUAGAAAUUUGACUUUCAAAUGAGGCAUUAAACAAGGUGAUGAUCAACUGCCAAACCUUAAGUAAUGAUAUUCUCCAUCCUCAAGUCCCUGGCCUUGCAUAACCAAAUGCACAAAUCACAGAAAAAAGAGCUGAAAAUACAUUAUUAUUACAUAUUGUGUUCACACGUCUGUCCCAUGGGACCAGAGGGGGGGACAUCGCCGACAGAUAAGCAUGUUUGGGUGGCCCCUACCAUCAGCUGGGGGAAAAGGCUAUGCUUGGAUCUUAAGGGGGGGCCCCCUCAUGGGUAUCACUUAUUUUAAAUCCUGAACCACACCAUCCCAGACCCCCCGCCCCUCCUCCUCCUCCUUCCUUUGCCCCCCUCGCCCCAGGCUCCACCCAGAAGUGUGGUUGCCUUUGUCAUUGUAAUCUGGCCCUGUUUGCUAAACGCUUGCACUGUUUACUCUCUGCUAUGGGGGCUUGUAUGAACAGGAGUCAGCAGGACGCAGGGUGACAUCACUUUGGCUGGGGGGUGUUUGAAAAGCUGCAUUUGUGAUUUUCUGGGGGCCCCUCUCUCUUUUUUUUUUUUUUUCCUUCUUCCCUGUCUCUAUCCAGGCCUGUCUAACGCAUGAGCUAACUCAGGAGGCUAACAUGGCCUACAGGGAGGAAUUACACCUAAUUACUUGAAUAACUGCUAGGCAGCAGCCUUCCGUAGUCACCAAAAAUCAUUUCCAGGUCUCUGCCUUUUACUGAUAGCCAGACUUCUCGUGACAGGAAAAAGCUCGGACAAAGCUUUUACAUUCAAAUGGGCCGAGAGAAAUGAAACAGACUGACAGGUACAGACAUUAAAAAAAGGGGGAAAUCAAAUUAACAGACAAGGAUUUCAUAUCAUCUAUUUUUGUUGUUGCCGUAGCGAUAAAGUCGCAGACAUUGAAACUGGUCUGUUGAGCCAUUGUUAUCAUCCCUGGCCAUCUGCUGCUGAGGAGUGACAUUCCCUCUCAUUUGCAUGAUGAGUGAUGUAUGAGGAGCUUGGGAGGGCAUAUGCCCCGGUCUUAUGACAAAGCAAGUGAAAGUUUUGUUAUAUCUUAAACACAGAAAAUAAGCAUCAGUGUUUGAAUGAGGCUUGAUGAAGGAGUGAAAAAAGGAAAAAUCACCUGUGAGUGUUUAUCGGUGCACAUGUGAGUUUUUUUUUUUUUUUUUCCCCUGCUUGUAUGAUGCAUCUUCACUAAAGCGCACACAAAUCCGUGCGUGUGUGCCUGCGUGCGUGCGUGUGUCUGUGCGAGUAUACACGCGCAGGAGUAGAGGCUAGUGCGCGCAUCUGCCUUCUUGUGUGCCUGUUUGUGUGUUUUGCGGAUGUGGGAGUAGAGCGAGGAGGAGGGGGGUUGGUGGCUGUUGAUGUGCAAAUGUGCAUCAUGUUGAAGGGCUGUGAAUGGGGAGGUGUGACGUAAAAAGGGACCCGAACGCAGGUGCUUAUCUCGAGGCUGUCAAAGGCACAGUAUGUCAUAUUCCUGGGGACUACCUUUCAAAGCCACAGCACCAGCUCAGCUAUCAAGAGACUGGGAGAAAAUCAAACUUUUUGGAUCACAGCACUAGGUUGGUGUCAAAGUUCUUUUUAUUCAUUAUAAUGUCAGUUUGGUCAGCGUUUGUCAAUACUGAUACUCUGUAUCGUGUGUGUGUGAAGGACAAGCCUUGUAGCUUGAACGCUGUCAUUACUUCCAAAGAGAGGCUGAAAUGUACAAGUGUUAGAAACUUAGUUAGAUUUACAGUGAGAUUUACUGAGCAGCUAAACUUGUGUUUGUGGAUUUUACCAGAUUAAAUGAAAUAGCACUAUCCUGGCAAUCAGUCUGAGCUGUACCACAGAGUAUGGAGAAAAUAUUGCACUAGUGAUAAGCAUUGUUUGCUUGAUACAAAUCAGUAUUCUUCAAACCUUUGCUUGGAAGCGAGCGCAGCUUCAGUCCAGGUUACAGACAGUUUGAGAGGAGAUUAAAUGGCUCAAACUGUUUUUUGAGAUGCAUGACCUAUUUUUGAUCAUGCAGAUAGCAUGAGAUACUGUCUAUCUAGAUUAAAUUCACAGCAUUUGUGUGGAGUUUAAGCUUGUCUUAGAGGAGCACAUGUUGGUAUUGUGUGCAGAGACAAAGCAUUGUCAGGUUGCCUGUGGCUUUGACAGUGACAGCUGUACAUACAAGACCACUGAGCCUAAUGCACUUAAACAUUGACUCUCUGUUCCAAUAACAUAUUUGAACAGUCGCUCAAGUAUUUUAUUGCAUCCUGUUUUGGCUUACAGUAAUUCACAUUUUAAGUCUUGUGAAAUCUGAAAACUAUAAACUUACGUCGAAUAUAACAUGGCAGUUAAGUUGUCGGACAAAAAAAAAUCAUCUUUUGUGAUUAUGGGGGAAGAUUUAAAUUUGUAUUAAUUCAGCAGGGCUAAAGCAUGACACGCUGCUCCGAGUUUUUGUAAUUAUUUGCAUUAUAACUAUGGCAAAGUUGAAAAGCUAUAUGCUAAUUCUGAAUGCAGUUUGAUAGUAACACAGUCUACAAGUGAACUUUUGUGUUAUACGCUGCUUAGUCUUAGCUUUGAACAAAUUCAGAGGGGCCAGGGCACUCCACAAUCUCCAGAGCAACUAUUGAUUUAGGAGGACGGAUGUUGGUUAGAAAAGUUCAUCAUUUACUAGUAAGUUGCGGCUGAGAUUCUGCUUGAUGACCCAACUCGCAGUUGAUCACUGUGAAACAAAAGUGGAAUAAUUUUUUCACACACAGGCAGAGUUUGGGAUUUCUCUUGAUUUUGAAAAAACCUUCAGUGUCUCUUUUAGUUUUGUCUUUUGUUCUUUUUAAACUACAGCAAAUAAACCCUAUCGCCUGGAGUCAGAAAUAUUCAUAUAAACUGCCAACAUCUGCCCAAACUGUCAGUCAUAUCCUCCCUCUUUUCUUUCUGAGACACUUUUCUCUCUAAUUAACGUGUCAAAUUAUUUUUAGGUUUUGGAGGAUUUUUGUAGAAAUUUUGUUUUAAAAAAAUUCAACGCUAGUUGUAAUUCCGUCUGUUAUCCUCCGUUUAAUCCAAACUCCACCAGCUUGUUUCAGUCAGCUCUCUCAACAAACAAGAAAAAGAGCAACAAAAGACAUUAGAUAACACAGUGUUGUGUAACAGCGUCACAUUUCAGUAAUAAUCGUUUUAAAAGUUUAGAAAGUUAUAUCACGGUAACGAACAUGAAAGAACCAGCGAUUAAGGUUACAAAGUUACGUGUUCCCUAUUUGUUUUAAUUGGAAAAGCAGCCCAGGUUUCAGCAGGGAUGUGUGGUAAAGCAGUGAUAAGUAAGAGCCAUUAUUCCUGUGUGCUCCCCACCCUCGGCUUCAAAGCAGGAUGUUAGUUGCUACACAACACAUAAAUGUAACCUGUGUUCGCCUCCAGGAGCUGUCCAUGGUACCUGCAGCCCAGCAGAUCUGCUCUUACAAACUUAUCCUCAUAGUUUCUACUCUCUGAAGUCCUGCGGUGUGAUAAAAAAUGUUUUCGUUUAUUUUAAUAUAAGUCGUGAAAAAGUGGGAAUAUAAAGUUAUGCUUACUUUUUCAUCUCCAGUUUUUACUUUAUAUUUCAGCUGCCGUCGGGUACACAUAAUGUAAACAACAAAUUCGCACGAAAAAGCACGGCACACACAUCUGACUGUGAAAUGUUGUGUUACCUGUUUUUGACUAAACUUCAGUGAGUUAAUCCAGGAAAAUGAAUUAUGUGGAUUUAAUUCAACAAGGUCUCAGAAAUGAUCCAUCUGCUGUUGAGCAGCUGGUCAAAGGAUAAAUGUAAUUAAUUACUUAACUUUUGAACAGUACUCAGGAAAAAACAGAGCUGUUUGUGUGGGAGCAAAUGGGAAAAGUGUAAGGCAACAGCAUCAUAUAUAUACCUCAAAAUUCAUCCUAUUCAUCUGUUUGGUUUAUACGAACAUUAUUUCUUAAAAGUCUUCAGUUUAAACCUCUGUAAAAUUGCUCAUGUGAAAUGUACAAUUCACUUAUUUCAGGAAUUUGUCAUGAUGAAAAAAUACCACUAUAAAAAAUAUAUAUAAAUCAGAGUUCACUUGUAUUAAAUUGAACAUUUAGGUAAAAUACUUAAAUGUGUAAAAUAUAAGUGAAGUGUAAUUCUCAUUAAGAAUUUCAUAGACCCAAAUAUUAUGAUAAUUUAAUUUUCUUGUUACAUAUACACCAAUGGACUGGUCUUAAGCAGACUUUGUAAAAUAAGGUAUUUGACGAUCAUUACAACACUUCAAAAAUGUGACUUUUGUGUCAUAUUUAAUACUGUGUCAUAUUAGUCAUACUUUCUGGCUUAGUUGCCCUUAAAGGCAAAAGUACCUAAAAAUAUUACAAAGGCUUAAUCAUGGUGGAUUUUUUUUUUUUCUAAAAAAAGAUAAUACAGCACUACAGGAAAAAAAAAAAAAAAAAAACCUUUCUGUGAAUAGUUAUUUUUACUUGACAGGGCAAGACUAUGAAAUGUUCCCAAUUAAUAUUACAUGGGAUUCUUUUUACGGUUUUCUUUUUAAAAAAUAUAUUUCAGCAUUUACCUUGAUUGUAAUGUACCUCAUUGGCUGUGGUUUUGUUUGUUGGCCUAACUAUAAAGGAUCUGCUUAUACCCUUGUGGGUUGGGAAGAAUUAGGAUUUAUGAAUUUAUUUCCUCUGUUGUAUUGUUUAAACAGCUUUGGUUUAGUUUUGAUCCCUUCCUCUUGCCUUUGAGGCUGUUCCACGGUGUCAGCUGUUGACUGAUAGUAAGAGAACUGCCUCACAGUGUGAAUGAAAGAAAACUAGCGGUUGGUAAACACUGAUAAGGGAUAAAUAGAAAGCGGUCAGGCAGAGAUAGUUCUGUGGGAGCCCAGAUUGUGUGCGGUCUGUUAAAAUGAGAUUCUGAGCCUGUCCUUUUUAUUCUUCCUCCCCUCCCCUCCCCUGUGCGGCGUUUGUCUGGAAAAUCUCCAGUGACCCGGCUCGGCAGUCCCAGGCUGCAGUAUUCUCUUUUUCUAUUUGUUUUGUUUUCUAACAAGGGUCAAGUUGGCCAAUAGACAUGUCCCUGAUGCUUAUAGACAGCUGUCAUGACUUUAAGUGCUCACAAUAGUCACAUUUUACACAAAUUCAUGGUUCUGCACCAAUAAGCACUGCAGCAAGAGAUUUGAAGAAAAAAAGGAGAGGUGCACAUAAUUUUCAAAAACCCAUUUCAAUACCUAUCGCCACAGAAUUUAUCUCAAAAAGAAAAAAAAAAAACAGAGUUUGAGCACUUCUGAACAUCGUCUACUAGAUCAGCCCUUUCAUACAUGCUAAAAGUCUCAUUAUGAAGUCAGUGUUACAUGUACAUAUCACCAGUGAUAUUAAUUACAGUCACAUCAUGAUAUAUUUACACUUGCCUUACUAUUCACCGUGGGGAAUAUAAAUCUAAUUUCUCCAUUAAAAUCACUCGACUGUCUUUUUUUAGAAGUAGCCUGCUCCUUCCAGUGAUCAUUGUUUUCUUUUUUUUCCUUCCCGGGUGAAUCUAUCUUUUAUGUGAUUAAAAAGACCUUCAGAGGUCUUACCUUGAGGAUCACCAUGUGGUGUAUUUACACAGAAAAUAAUUCAGCCUAUUGUAGCCCGGCAGCUAAUGAGAUUGGUUGUUAAGUGAAUGACACAAAGGCUACAAAAAAAAAAAAAAAAAAAAGAAAAAAAAGAAAAGAAAAGCUUAGCGUUUCGGGUGAAUAUCACAGUGUCCCUGCACACACUCUCACACUCACACACACACACACACAAACCAAACACACUCUCUCGUCAGGCAGCGAGACUCUGGACUGUACCCUGUUACCCCACCUCGAUAUCCUUCUGCUCCGUCUCCUCCCCGACGUCAGCAUGAGAGGCAAAACAAAGGCUAAAAGGGGCAUGGUAAGUCGAGCUCGUCGUUCUGCCCUGUCGGACAUGUUAACAAGAGUGCAUGUAGAUGUAGGAGACAAGUGAUGCUGUUUGUCUGCGUGAGGAUGAGCUGUGCUGUGUUAGCCUCAGGCUCACAGAAGUACAUUCAUUGAAGGGUCAAUAACAGUGAUGCUGUUUUAUGUGACUCAGAAGACGAUCUCUGCUUUUUUAACUUGACCAUUCUUAACUUCUGGAUCGCUGCUGAAACUUUCCUCUUUUUUUUCCUUUUUUUUUUUGGGAGCCACUUUCUCGCCUUGAAUAUUUUUGGGAUGUGAACUGUAUGUCAGAGCUAUGGCUUCAUUUUAUUCAUGAAAGAGUAAAGUUUUUUUUUUGUGUGUGUGUGUGUGUAUCUGAGAUGUGGUUCAAUGUCAAUGAUCCCUGAGUUGCGGUUGACUCUGUGUUGUUAAAGGAAUUACCAAAAGAUCAGUGCAAUGUUUAGCAGAGAGGAGAUCUUUUUUAAGCAGCCAGACUUAGUUUGCAUCAAUCCUGAGAAGUUAAAACACUCGUGUAAAAGUGAAAAGAUGUUAUUUUGACAGAUUUUGAACCCUUCUCUUGGACUCCUCUUCAUUUUGAUCCCUGAAUAGCAGCGCUAGAGCAUCAUAACUGCUUGCUGUUACACAAAAAAAUGUAAGUGCAUUAGCUUAUCAUGCUCCACUGUGAGGCUGGCAAAGUGGGUUAAAGUCCAUCGCGUAUAUUAAACCCUGGACUUAAGUCAAAUUUACAUUUUGUUAAAGAUUACUCCUUUUAUUGAUGCACAUAAUCAUAUUCAUGGACCAUCUGCUGAUUUGGCAAGCAUGGAUCAAACUCACAAAACAGCUCUGCUAACCUCUUAAGUACAAAAUAGUCUGGCUUAACUCAGCUAGCCCAGAAGUGUGUGUGCACGAGUGUGAGAGAUUGUAUGGAUAUUGGAUAAUACUUAAUUUAGAUCCUCCCGGCUGCUCAUGCCAUAUUUUAUUUUAUCAUGAUCGCUUUGGUGGCAGACCAGCGCUCGUGUUUGAACAACUGAGCAAAUAAUGUUUGUCUGACAAUAAGCAAAGCAGAGUCUUGGUAUAAGGAAUCUGAUUAAACUCUUGACCACGGCGUACAGCUCUGAGUUUAUACCUGUCACCAUGGUAACGCAGAUUUCACAGUGCAGCUUUUGCACACUUCCACCUGGUUUGUAGAGCAGCGGUGUGGGCCUCACCUCUUGAGUGUAAGAAAAGGCUGCUUAAGGCUUCUCUGGUUAUUCCGAUGACUGAUUUCAUCCUGAACUAUCUCCCAGUGUGUGUUUCACAGAAAUAGGAAUUCACCAUUGGGCAUCCUUACUGCAUGAAAUACUUAUGUUCGACUCAUUCCAAACAAAGCUUACGCAGAUUGAGAAUUCAUAUGCCAGAGGUAAAUCCGAGUUAACACGGAUUUAUACUGGCAUGAGUUAAAGGACUAGAGUUUGUAAUCCAGGUGGCCAAGGGAUUUUACCAUACAGUGGCAAAAAUCACUUAAAACUCCCCCAACAUCCUAAGCCACUGAGCUCAGUAAGCAGACAGAUUGUUCAGAAUUGAUGACAGCACAACUAUAUCAGAGCUGGACUCUGUGUUUGUGUGUGCGUGCGAUUGUGCGUCUGUACGUACGCCUCUGUUUGUGUGUGUGUGUGUGCGUGUGUGCGCAUAUGUGAGCAUGUUUGCUUCCUAUAUGUACUCAAUUAGUACUAAAGGGGCUGUUUAGAAUUAGACCUUGACAGAUUGGUAUUAUUCUGCUUCAACAGGGUAGGGGAGGUGUUUGGGGAAUACUGCCUUCUAUCUGCAUAAACAUCAGUAGCAUAAAUACAAAGACAGCAACCUCCAUUUCAACGGCCUCUGACUGAUGAGCAAAGUGAUCAAAGUGGCUCUAAUAUUCAAAUCAUCAAUGUUUUAGCCGUCUUUUUCUUGAUUUCCCCGUGUAUGAAAAAGUAAAGGAAAAAAACAAAACAAAGGUGCUCCUUUAUAAGUAAAUGGGUUGGUGUGUGUUGACGUGCGCGCCCGUGUGCACGUGUGUGGAGGACAGAGGAGCACAGAUAGAGUGGGGUUGUUUAAUGACAGGAACAGCUGACUCAUUUAGAGAGAGCAGUGAAAGGUAAUUAACCCUGGGAAAACUACAGCUGCCAUGCGAGCUGUUCACUUCAGCGCAAUCUGAUUAGGAAUCACUGCUCGAGUCCCUGACUCCUUUCAGACGCUGUGUGUUCGAGGUAAACUUUUCCUCUCUGCCCCCGAGAGCCCCCGAGCACUGGAGACCUGCCUUUUGUGGUGGGGGAUUAGCUGGAACGGUUACUACGUUUCUCCAAAUUGCAGACCACCUGGUAGCAUUCAUGCCACCUCCUCCAUGAAAGGGCCUCCUUGGGCAGGAACAAUGAGCGGGAUUACUCUGCUCAUUGUUACACCAGGGCUGGAACUUCUUUUUCCCCAAACACCUGUCCCUAAAUUAGACAGGUUUGAAAAACCAUGUUCAUGACAGAAUUCAAAGAUUCAAACUAACAUGAGAGUGCUUCGGCCGGCUGGAGGCUUGCCAAUGGGUGAAUUGUCUGCCACUGCGUUUAUUAUGCUAUUGAUUCACUGUGUUGUGUAAGAAGAUACUAAUUUUAUUUGUCUCGAUAUUUUGGUGCUCUUAAUUGGAUUGAAAUUCAGAAAUAAAAUAGCAUAUCAUCUAGGCCCCUUUCAUACGAUAAGGGAACUCAAAAGCACCAGAAAUUUGGUCAAAAACAGAAAUUGGCUCUUUGAUGUCAGAAGAAACAAUCUGGACUUGGUGCCUUCGUGUGGUCCGGCUCCAGAUGAACUCAAUUUAGAGGGAAGGCUUUGGGAUGACUUUGGAAAGGGAUUACAAGAUUCAUAAAUCACCUCGGCAAAGGUGUCACCAUCUGACUCUUUUAUGGGACUCUUGCUAACUGCGUCCAAUAACAAGUUUCCCCUGUAGUUAUGCCAUCAUAACAAAUCAUUGAAGCGAUAGUGGCUAGCCAGGCUCCUAAUUGUCUGUUAAGAAUUCUGUGAGCUGUGUUCUUUUAUUGAAGCAUCUCUGUCUUGGAGAAGUGAUAAGAUGCCAAUACGCUCCUCUAUAAAAGUACUCUUUGGCAAAAGGCACAAACACUUUGCUUGGCCGUCAGGGUAGCUGUGAGGCUGUUAUAUCUGAAAUCGCAGUUGACUUCAAGAUUUUUUACUGUGUAUGCUUGAAUCCAGAAACCUCUAUAAGGCGGAGGAAUGCUCAUAAAGUGCCGGCAGAAUAAUUUACUUUCAGAUACAGAAUUUGUUCUCGAUUUUAUUUGAAAGGGAAACAAACACCGCCUUAAUCUUUAUCACUCUGAAUUCUGAUUCAUCUAAACAAAGUCAUCCUAUAUUUGUAUUUAAAGCGUUCAAAAAAAAAGUACAUUUGUAAAGGAUAAAAAACGUCAAAUUUCGCCCAAAUGCGACGUAUUUUCCAGGACUAAUUACCUGACCAACACUAACCAGGAGCUAAACACUGUGACACAAAAUGAAAGGCCAAGUUUCAGACAUAAAUUGGACACCCUAAACCUCUUUUGUCCCCUCCCCCGUCCUAAAAUCUAUCUGAGCUAUUAUUCUAAUGUCCAGCUGGUAUUUAGGCACAGGGCGUCUGAUGGCUCCCUGGCCACCUCACAAAAAGCACAAAAAAAGAAAAGUUGUUUAUCUAAAUACUCUCUGAACAGAAGUUGAUUUUAAUCUCUGCACAGAGCUUAAUUUAGUCCCCACAAACACAUUUGCAUGUCAAUGAAAAACAGCAAAAGCAACUGCCUGCUUUUUCUGUCCACAGUUUAACCUGCUUUCCAGCGAAUGAGGUGUUUCCAAGCAGGUAUAUUCCUGCCAGCUCACCUUUUGCUUGAACUUUGACUAUUUUUAUGUUUAGCCAGGUCUUUGCUGCAACUAAAACUCCCUAUAGGGUGCAUAUAAAUUAUGAUCAGUUGACUUUAUCCUCAGACAUCCAUUACAAGGAAAUAUGAAAGUACAAGGUGCUAUCUCCUGCCGCUUGCUCUUUAUUCUACAUAAACAGAAAACACUUAGCAUGUAAAAUUAAUGUGAAAAUUAUUCCCGGGGUAAACUAUAAACACAGAAGUUACCCCGCACAUUUACCCUUUUUUUCUCCUUCCCCUAGAUCAGAGUGUAAUUGCCAGUAAUCAGGUCUGUUUGCUGCUGAUAAAACCACUCUGAAUGCGAGGAACCCUCUUUGUGUGAUGACUCAAUUAUGCCAGAAGUGGCUCAUCAAACCUGGCCCAUCAGCUGCUUUAAUAAAUAAGGAGGAAAACUUGCUGCAGGCGCAUUAUAAUUCCAUUCAUUCCAUAAUUAAAUCCAUUCCAGUUUUAACCCUUCGCUCUGUGUGCUUCUGGAAGAGGAAACAAAAACAAGGAGAGAGGGGGGUGUGGGGGGGGUAAGUACACACCAGACAGUGACCUUGCACAGAGCACCCAUCCGUUCCCUAUAAUUCAAAAUGAUACUGUUGAAGAAAGGUUAAGAGAAGGCUUGUGCAGAAAAGGAUGGGAAUCAGUUAAGACCUGGCUUCUGUUUUCUUUUUUUUUUCUUUUUUUUAUUAUGUAUGCAUUGUUUCCACACACAGCCUUACACAGUAAUUAUAUUAAACGAGUAAUCUAAUCAUAACAGUUGCUUGGUUGAGUGUGCAGCACUGACAUUUUGAAAUCUUAUUUUGUGUAAUCUCAUUUGCCUCUAUCAUCUCGCCUGUACCCACUAUCUAAAAAGGAAAUGUAAAUAAUGUAAUUAAUUUUAUGCUCUCCAGAAUCUUACUUUACUCCAGCCUGUUUUAUUUAUUGGCUGCAAGAUGAGGUAUCAGUGCUGUGUGUUGUUUUUUUUUUUUUUUUUGAACUCCACCACAAUAAUGUCUGUGUUAAUUACAUGAGAGCGUCCCAAGUGCACGGAUAAGCUUGGAACAAGGGGACACAAAGACUCAAGGUCAGUGAUGAAUCUCCACAGCAGCUGCACGGCAUUAAUAAGGCAUUAUAUGAAAAAUAAUCAUAAUAGCAUCACUUACAACAAAAUGCAAGAGUGCGCCGGUGUGUUUUACAGAUAUUUCCUCUCCACCAUCCUCAGCCUGGAUCCAGCUUUUCUGAUAAUGGUGCGAGGCAAUGGUUAUUCAUGACUGCUGGACUGGGAAGGUCCCCCUCUUUUUUUUUUUUUAACCCCCAGUCACAGCCCAUUCUCUUCCUCUGUGGUGGGAAUGCUAGCAGAUGGGGUUAGGGGGGAAUGGGCUGGGCUCAAGGACAGCUAGCAGCCAGAUUAACACAUAGAAAAUCUCAUAGACCCCAAGCAUCAGGCUGCCUCCUUUCCCCCUUGAGAAAUCUGCCCUAGACACAGGGAAACCGUCCUCUCACAAGCAUUAUUUGUGUUGGGGUGUGUGCACCAGAAGAGGAGAAAGGGAAGGGGUGGGGGUAGGGGGGUGCAUAAAUAUGAUUCAGCAGAUGACGAACCAGCUCAAAUAGUAGUGAGUCCUUUUUUUCAUAUGCUAAUGAAAGCGGGUGAAUAACCCCCUCCCUCCUCGUCUUUUUCCCCCUAGUUUUGUUUUUCAGGGGGAAGCGCUCUCUGAGCUAUAAUUAAGAAGAUGUUGUUUUCUUUUUUUUUUUUUCAAAGCUAACAGAAAUAAAUAAUUCCAUAAUAAGAUCUGUGAAGUGAAGAGGCUUAAUGUACUCAUUGUGUUCAUCCUUGUUUUCCCUCUUGGAUGUUUUGUAUUAAUUAGAAGCAAGCAAUUUGAUCUCUGUCAAGCAAUCAAUUUGCAUUGUGCUACUUUAGUCCAUGUGAGAGUAUACGUACGUUCUUGCCUCUUUUUUUUCCAACUGCGUGACUCAAGGUUGUGAAAGUGAAACAAUAAAACCGUACACCGUAUCAGUUUAACGUGUACGAAGAGGAAGUUUGUUACUAAUGUGAUGUUUGUUGUUGUUUCUUAUGUUUCAGAUAAUGAAUUACACAGUCACGUCCUGAGAGAAAAUAAGUGCAAAGGCAUCAACCAGACUGGACAGUGCGGAUCUGGUAUCUCACCCCACAGAGCGCUCAGAAAACUACAAUCAAAGGUAAACAAGCGACACAGCUGUAGCUUUACCUCGACAUACCGUGUUAAAGUAACUUUCAUUAGGGACAAAAAGUCUCUGGUGAUGACUGAUUGUGUAACAGUGUUUUGGAUAAGUAGCACACUAAGUGGUGGAGUGUGGCUGCUCCUUUGACCACACUGAACACAAGCUGAGAUUGUUUUUUACUUAUGUAGAGCUGUGGGUGGCUGGCAGAUAAUAUACUCUUUAAAAGGCAGAGCUGAGUCAGCCUUUUCCAAAGUACAUGUUGCCUUUAGAUGCAGGGUGUUCUCACUUGGAUUUGUCCCUAAUAAAACUUCUUUAACAGACAGUUUUGUGGGCUCUAUCACAGGGUUUCUGGGUGUAAAGGACAAUCCCAGGAUUUCGGCUUUUAUAAAUGUUCACUUUGAGUAGUUUCUCUCUCUGGGUUUCAAACUACUAGAAAUAAAUAGAAGUUAAUAAAACUCACUAUAUCACUUUAAUCAACUUUAAAAACCAUACUUAAUGGGAGUUAAUCACUGUGUUUACUUUUGGAAAUUUGAUCCCCCAACAAUCCCAACUAUUUCCAGACAACACUUUACAUGAGUAGUUGGCAACUGCACGAGACAUAAUGCCAGAAAACAGACUGGGAUGGCAGGGGAAACACAACAUACAGUUGAUGGGAACAAGCAUCCCUUUAAUACCAACACGGAAAUACUACAUGAUAUUGUUUUUAGGUUAGAAACAAAGUUAGUGACGUGACACGAGAGUAAAUCACUGGCAUCGUUUUACAUUUAGACUGUUAGACGGUAAAUUGUUACGGGAUUAUUAUGAUGGAGUAAAAUUCCACUGGCAACACUUUGCUCUGUUAAGCCGUCAAAAACUGUAUUUAGAUUGAUUUUGUUGUAUUCAGAUAUAAGGAUAUAAGGAUGGUAAAGGUAUGUUUUUCAUUAUGAUAAACCUAUAAUAACUCAUUUUUUAUCCUUCUGUUAUUUCUGUUACUUAUGAGUGAGCACAGGUGGAGUUGAAUUAUUUAUAAAAAAGAUAUUAAACCUCAAAAUGAAGUGUUGGGAAUCAUGUAUGUUAAUGCUGAUAAAGGAUGAAAACAAGGGGUUGAAUUAAAGUAACUUCUCCACAUCCGUCGCCACUGUCCAGCAUUAAUUUUCACAGUAUAUCACUCUGCAUAAAAAACAUGCUUCGCGCGAUAGAAUUGCCACGUAUUCCUAAUUAAAAGCUAAAUAAUAUACCCUCCCUCAACCGGAUUGACUAGGGAAUGUCAAAUAAAAGCUCCCGUUUGACCCUGAAUGUAUCUAUUUGUUCUGCUUUGGUAAACACUCGGCGUCACAUGUUUGUCCAUGUUGUUGCCAUGCCAGGACUACCUGUUCGUACGCCAGAGCAUCCGCCGAGGCCUUCCUCAUUGUCUUGUUACUUGUCACUUCUUGUUAUGUGGAUCAGAGUUACAGUAGCCUCUGCUUUGUCAAAAUCCAGUUUGUCAUCAUUGUGUCAGAAAUGCACAGAGCACACUUUUCACGCAGCGCUUACGAAACAAGGGUUUAAAAUGCUUGUUUUAAUCAAACUUAGAUAAUGUGUGAAAACUGGAUACACAUUUAUUCAGCUACAAUGAGACUUAUUGUGUUUUUGGACCGGUUGUUGAUUAUUAAUCGUUUUUUAUAGCAGUAAGGUUUAUUUUCAGUAAAAUUACAGCACAUUGUCUCAAUACAAACUCAUAACAUUUGAUUAAUCCAGAUAAAUAUGCUAAAAAAUAUAAAAAAGGCAAUAAUUUUAAGACAAACUUCUUUGCUUUGCAUGAAAAGGGCGCUUCAAGAAUGCAAAACACCCUGAUAAUAAACCUGUCUGACUCACUCAUGCUGAUAUUUUUCUCCACUGAUAACAUCGUUUGAACUUUGAUUAACGUCCGUGUUAGGAUCUGAGGUUGUGCGAUGUUUGAGUAACAUUUUGCCUUCAGAACAACAAAUUUACACCAAAUGUUGAAGCAUCUCUGUGUGGAAAAGUGUAACAAACUAAUGAGGUACAUUCGUUUUUACAGAAUGUAAUCUAUAGUGUUUGGGAGUUGUUUGUCUCAAUAGGCUGUAGUAAUCAAAAGUAAUGAACCUAUUAUGAGCAGGACCUCUGAGGGCCCGGCGUGGCAUUAAGAGUGUGGCACAUAAAAGGUUUAUUAAAGGAAAUUAAGGUCCAUCACUGCCACACCUGCUCCCCUAUUAUAAAUGUAUGACAGGUCAGUGCCUUCAAUCACAACAGCAAACGAGAGAGAGGAGUCAUGUUUCCCAUUACCAGGGAAAAGUAACAGCAUAUCCUAUGACUCACAGAUUUCACUGGCCUGUGACCACUAUACGCCACCAUCAGCCUGGAAUAAUUAUGUUUAAUAGGUUUUAUUUGGGACACACAAGCAACAGCCCGCCAGAGUGGAUGGAUUUUAGCAACUAUUUUUGUCUAAACACACAGUUAGGUUUUGUCUGUACUUUCAUGUCGUUUUUUGGUGUCAUUACAUUUUCACUCACCUUUGAAACUUUUUUCAUCCUAACAUUAUACUUAAUGUGUUUGCAUAUUUUUUUUUUUUAGCUUUGUGAUUUUGUUAAAUGAAAAAUUGAUUUUAUGUUUCACCGGCUCAGAUUGACGGACAAAAAAAUGGCCAUAAACCAAAACAUUUUGCAGCCUCCUCUCUUUGAAAUGCAAAAAAAUAAAUGCACACAAUGAUUAAAACAUUAGCACGUGUUUUGUUUAGGGACUAAUUUGCGUUUUUUCUUUACAGAUGGAUUCUGAAGGCGAGGAGCAAACCCUGAAAGUGUGUAACGGUGGCGCAGGUGAGUACAGCUUUUUUCCACUAAACGCACACUAAGCACACACAUAUUCCACUUACCGCCAUGGGCUAGGGGUAUCAGUUCAACAAUCCAACUUUAUAACUGUCAAUUUUACGUAUUAUCUUACCGGUCUGAAGAGCACUGCAUCGCCAUUUCAUUAUUCAGAGGGGAAUAACUUCAUUAAAUUGAAACAGUGGCUCAAAUUAGUUAAGGAGUGUGUCUAUAUUGUGUGAUUGAAAACCUCUAGACUGGAUAUGUCAUUAUGCGAGUGUUCAGGGCCUCCGAGGCCUUCACUAUCCGCGCCGCAGCUAUUACUACAUGGGGGGAAAUUCAUGAAAAGUGUUAUUAUUAUUGGUCGUGCUUCAUGGGAGUAGAGGUAGAACUUGUGAAUGAGAUUUACGCCGGGGCCUCUGGGAAAAUUGAUUUAGCCUUUUAGAUCAUGUUGUCAAUGCUGUCAAAGGAUGAGCGCCUGUUUGUGUCAGACCGAAUGAAAAGCUUUUCAGAUCAAUGAAGAGCCCACUUCUCCAUCCUUAUUCUGAUUACACCCGAUGGCAUUGGAAAGAAAGAAUAGAAAAAUACAGUAAAAGGCUUCAUAAAUCAGUGUUAGCUUCGAUGUUGUCAUCCUCGACGUGUUAUCUUUAAAACAAAUAUUUAAAGAGCAUCGAGUUUAAUGAGCAAUAGUCUAAAAGUAGUGAGCCGCUUUGAGGCUUUGAAGGGGAAUACAUGGACAGAUGCUGUGCCACUGUAGUGGAAAUGUAAACAUGACUUUUUAUCUGUUCUUUUUUGGCCUUUAUUUCACAGGGCUGGCCGACUGCAUCGCUGACACUCACAGGUGAACUCUUUGAAUUUUCUCAUCUUUUUCAUCUUAAUGCCAAAGAAGAAAACAUUUUCUUCCCAGAUCAUAGAUGUGUAACAUAAGGGAGGUUUUUAAGUAGCCGUAAAUAAAAAGUCCCUGACUUAAGCGGUUAAAGCUUUAAAAUGAGCCAACUGAGGCCUUUGUUGACCCUGCUGUGCUUUUUGUCCCGUCCCUCUUCCCUGCAGCCCAUAUGGGUCCAUGGCGAGGAAGAGGAGUGCUCAGGAAGGGGUGCAGGGCGCCCCCGUCAACAAGAGAAAGUCCCUGCUGAUGAAGCCCCGCCACUACAGCCCCAGUGAGGCAUGUGAAGAGGAGAGCGAGGACCUGGCACCGCCACAGGACAAAGAAGAGCUGAGGAACAUUGACACUCCAGCAGGUAAACAGAUGUCCUGUUGUUUUGUCUGUUUUGAUGAACAAUUGACGCUGAAUUUUAAAAUCCCAUCUGUUGCAUUCAUAUUUCCCUCCCUCUGCCAUCAGCCAGCAGCCGCAGUCAUUGUGCAGUGGAAGUGAAAGACUACACUGCUGGGUCCACAUUAGUUGUGUCUCACGUCCACAAAUUGAAGUUUUGACAGCUGAUCUGCCAUGAUAUUUCUGGCGUGGCUGUACCGUCUUUUGAUGAGGCCAGAUUUCAGACCCCCUCAUCUGUCCUUUUUCAAUAGCCGGUCCAAACCCAUUGAAUCCAUAGAAUGAGAAACUGAAAAGGAGGGGAGCACCAGUUCACUUUGAUUUAAAUUAAACUUCUUACAUCCCUUUAAACUGAAUUUUUAUUGAAGUCCCCUUCUGUGGAAAACAAACAAGGCGUCAACACUGCUUGGCUGAUGCUCUGAUGUUUUUACUGUUUUAUUUUUACAAAGACUUUACUAAAGCACAGGGACAUUUCAUCGACAACAGUUAGAAAUUGUUUAUUUUCACUUAUGCCACUGGCCUUUUCGCAAGCAAAAAUGUUUUUCUUUUCUCCUAAUGAAUUGAAUUUUGUGCAUUUUGGCAACAAUGCUCGUGGUGUACAUGUGCAUUCUCGCCCACUAUAAUCUGCACUGAUUUGGUAUAUUUUUAACGAUGUAACUAAGCAACAAACGUAAUUGUCCCUUUCAAAAGCUUUUGUUAGGCCCUCUAACACAGUCUAAUACAUAAUUAGGCAUAAUGUCUACGGCUCAUUAUAGUACACAUGUGUGUAGUUAAAUGGACCAGGAGAGUAGCUCACUGAAUUGUGUGGAUUCAUUGGAAAUGGAAUUUAUUUGUUUCCUGGGUUCAUAUUACAUUACUAUUAUCAAAGUAAUUCACUGAGCAUCAUCAGUUUUUCCUUUUGUUGAUGUGUAUUUUAAAUACUUUUCCUUUUUAUCAGCCAACACUGAUUGACUGCUGUAUAUUUUCCUUAUUUGAACCUGAUAUUCAGCAAACCAGCUUUAAAACAAAACAAAAUCCUGCCAGAAUAUAAAAAAGUCGGAAUAGUGUUAAAUCAUCACGGAUAUUGAUAAACAAUUUCAGAGCAUAUUUUUCUGUUAUUGUCAGUUUUUGGGGGGGCUAUUUUCUGUGGAAAAACAAAAAAUUGGAAAAGUGGACUGGAAGCAAUAAGAAUUUUUGCAGUGGGAAGCUGGUCAUAUCUGCAUUUUAACAAAAAGGGAGAAAAAUAAGCCUCUCGUUUGGUCGAGCCACACUGCGUUCAACUCCAGCCAACUGCAGCCCUGCUGCAGAGUGCUGGUAAUGGCUAUUCUGGAGUACAAACUGUUCACCUGUUCCAACACACAAACCACCGGAGGGAUCCAAGUUUUUUUCCUCCACCGCUUUCUUUUUUUUUUUACUGCACUUCUGUGUCUCUGGGUUUGUACAUGUGUAUGUGAGUGUUUGUGUGUGUGUGGGUAUACGUCUGCGUGCCUGUCUGACUGUAUGCGGCUGUGUCAGGCCGGGGAGUCCAUCUGGAUGGAAAACAAAACCCUCGUUGCGUCUCUCAUAAAUGUAAAUACGCAGCUUUAGUUUUUUCAUUCAACAAGGUUUGUCUGUGGACACCUCUUUUUCAAAAUCUUUCACUACAGAAAAAUGCCAUCAACACUUUAUAAUAUUGUUUAAAAUGUAUUAAAACAUUGUCUUCUACUGCAUUUAGUCAUGCCCAUAAUAAUAUGAUAGUUUGUCUUUUUAUUAGUGCCACAUAACUGAUGUUAAAGCUCAUUUGGAGAGGAUUUAGUUUUUGUGCUGCUCUCAUUAAUAAGUAGCCGCUGCCUGAUAAUGCCACUAUGUGUGAUCUGAUUCUAACAAUCCAUCUCUAUCUGUCUCUUCAGCAUAUCGAAUCCCACUUUGCUCCUAGUGUCUAGCCACUUAAGAGGAUCUAGGCCCAGAGAAAGUAUAAACCCAAAGAGCCUUAAUCGAGCAUAAGUUUGAACGGUUUUGGAGGAUAAAGAGAGAUUUUGUUGAAUCAAUCCAGAUGAUAGCUUUCCAUUGUUAAUCACUGACCAUGACUUAAUAUAUAAUCAGUGGUGUUAAUAAAGAGUUGUUUCAGAUGCUUUUUAAAGGAUAACAUUAACCCUCUUUGUCCGCUGAUCAGACUCUCCAUGUGAACUAUCUUCUGGCUUUCUGAACAUGUGACCGGGAUUUCUGGAUUUAUACUAAAAAGAUAAACGGCAGUGGGUCAGUGCAAAUUAAUUUAUUGAGAGCUCUCAGCAGAAUAAGCCGGAGCAAAGAGAUUUCAACAAAAUAAGUAUUUAAAUUUAAGAUGUGCAGCUUGUGUAUUUUAUAAACUGCAAUGACGCUACUACAUUUUCAUUUAUGAUACCCUGUAACACCUGCAAAAUUUUUGAAGCACAGCAGUGUAGAGUUUAGUCAGAGAUCUUUUAAGAUAAUAAUCCUUGUCUUUAGUAGAAGUAUUUCUCUCAGUCUUUAAUUUGACAAAUCCUCUUCUAAAAUUAUAGACCAACAUAUUCCAGCAUAUUGAGUUUAAAUUGUUUAUAACACAUUUUAAUAUUUUCUCUCAAAAAUCUAAUGUGGCUAUUCAGGGAUUAUUGAAAAAAGUGCAAAAGUAAAAAGAGUUUACAGAGGAAGGUAAAAUAAUUCAGCAGUUUUUCCUGAGUUUUUUUGUUUUUUAAAGGAUGUAUUUGUGAGGUGUGCAAACAAACAAGUUAUUAUUAUGAUCUGACCCGACAAUAAUAAUGUGGUAUUUCUGAUCUGCAUCCCCAUGCUUUUCUACAAUAAUUUUUUUGAGCUUUUUACUUUUUCUUUUUCUUAGCUAUUUAUACCAUUUCAGAUUUUUUUGGAUCUUUCUUUCUUGUAAAACAGCUGAUACAUGCGGACCCUUUUUUAUAAUUAAGACUAUUGUGUUUCCGGCUGAGGUGUGUGGUUUGCUUCUCCUAAACUAGUCCAGCCACAGAAGACAGGACCAGGAGAUUCCUCUCCUUCAUCUUCCUCUAUUUGAUUUCCUUCUUCUGUGUCUGAGGGAAUCCUCUUUACUUCACUUGUUCUCAUCUCUAAAAACAACUAUUAUGUGUUUUAAAAUAAAUAUAUAUCUGACGCUGAUGACAACAUGUUGCUGCUUAGCUUGCACUUAAAAAUACACAUAACUAAUUAAAACCCUGAUGUUCAGUGUCCAGCGUACACUAAAUCCCUCCAUAAUCUUGUCCUAAAUCUAUUUUGGGUUGUUGCUCCAAUUGGAGACACAGACGAAGAAAAAAACAAUUGUGUGUCUCAUCUCCAGGUUUCAUGUUCAACUAGCACUAAAAGGAGUCACAAAUGUUAUUUAAAACAUACUUGAAUUGCUCUGAAAUCUUGGAACAUUGUGAUCACAUUGCAACAUGUGUUCUUACUAAUCCCCUAAAAGGUUAUGAAAAAACAUGUUUUCCCCAAGACUCUAUUUGUCAAAAAGUAACAGAAAAACUAAAACCUUUAAAGGAUUUGGAGAAGAUUACAGAUGGAGGACAUUCAAUUCUUCGCCCGAGUGUUAGAAAAGGGUCACAAACAGCACUGAGAAAUAAGUGUUUGCUUGUCGUUUCAGAUGGAAACUUGAAUGCAAUCAAUGGAGUUGCCCACAAAAAUGGCUGCUAUGAUGCUGCAGCCAGGUCCAGCGACUCCCUUGGAUGGUCAGAGGUUACAUCUGAUGGCUCUCCACAGUGUGAGCCGGAUACAUCUGAGCGUCUGAUGGAUGAGGACGACGAGGAGCUCCUUCAUAACAAUGUAGAAGAAGACCAAAGUCAAGACAGGAUGAGCCGAACAUCAUCCCCACACACGAGUCCAUACGAUGACAUGAGAGAGGCCGAGUGGGAGCCUCUGUCUCUGUCUGCCAAAGUAAACGGCUCUAGCUGCAGUCCCUCCAGAGCCUCUGAAGACCGUAAUGGCCUCGUGAAAGAAGAGCCUCACCCAGAUUUAGGCAGUCUGAUGGCGAGAGCGAACAACUGUCAGGCUGAGGCUUUGAGAUACAGGCCUCUGCCCACGGAAGAGGACAGUGACGGGGAGGCAGAGAGGCCUCCUCGGCUGGAUGGCUGGGCUCUGGGCCUCCAUGAGAGAGGCCUAGAGAUGAGCCGUGGGAGGGUGAACCUCAGCCUGCUGGAGCAGGCCAUAGCUCUGCAGACGGAGCAAAGACAGGUCCUGCACCAUGCCUACAGGGAGAUGGACCGCUUCCUCCUGGAGCAAAUGACCAAUGAAAGACGGCACCACAGGAUGAUGGAGAUGGACGGGAGGCUGAACUAUCAUGGAGGGAAAGGUAAGGCUGAAUCUGUGAUGCAGCGUAGGUGAACAAGAGAUAAACUCAGUCCAAAAGAAUUGAAGUUAUCAUUUUAUGACUGUUUUUUCAUAAAUGUACCUUCCUCCAGCAUAAAUCAAAUAGACCACUUGGGAUUUGGCGCUCACAAAAAAACAUUAAAAGGAAUAAAAGAAGCAUACGCAUGUAAAGGGGGGAGGACAUCAGAGGGAGGAAAUCCUCUUAAGCACUAAAACAUUUUGGCAACAAGUGAAGUAAUAAAUAAACAGACUAAAAUAAAGAAGAACAAAAUUUUCUGAUGGAAUUGCUACUACUCAGAAUAUUGGAUUUUGAUAGGAAUCAACUGGAUAUUUAACCAUGACCAUAAGUCUUAAAUCCUCCUAAAGUACCUCUCAUGUUUCCCUCUGAUUCUUCAAAUGACUGCAGCUAAAUGUGUAAUCCUAGAUGUAAUCUUUCGAUGGAUGGGCAUUAAGAAGUGAAUGCUCUGUGUUGAACUGCAGCCUUAACUAAAAUGACAGAUUAAAAGAUGCAUUUUGUGUAAAAAGUCUCUAGCUUUGCAUGAUAUUUCAAUCUGUUGGCCUGUGUGCAACAUGUAUACAGGAAAGUGCAUUACAAGUAUUUUUUACUUCUUGAUAGAAGGCAUGCGAUGACAGAAGGGCUUUGGCAGUAAUAUACGGGGUUGUGAAAUCUUGCUUUACUUUGUCCACAGACUCUCCACGCACCGAUAAAAAGGAUAUUAAGUGUCCAACCCCUGGCUGCGACGGCACUGGCCAUGUCACCGGCCUGUACCCACAUCACAGGAGUUUGUCUGGGUGUCCCCAUAAAGUCCGAGUCCCUCCGGAGAGUAAGUUGGACGGACAGUUUUGUAUGCAUACGGAUGGUUUGUUCCAAUAAAAACUGCCAGUUUUAGGAUUUACAAUCACAGCAAUUGAAAUCCUCUCAGCACGGACCCAAAGACUAAAAAGACCUGCUUAUACAUUGAGUUCAAUUCAAAGAUGUGCCAGAAACUUUUCAAACAAAUUUGAAGGAUUUUCCCUCUCUCUCUUUUUCUCAUAAUACGUUGUAAUGUGUGAAUGUUGAAUUCUUUUUUUCCCUCCUCACAUUGGCGAUUGUUAAGUCAUUUCAAUAUAACUCAACAAACAUUCGACAUUAAACAGUAAUGUUACAAAAGGAACAGAAAAAGUAAUUAACUUUUUCAAAAAAGCGCGUGCUCUUAGUCUGGAGGCAGUAUUUGCAAAUCAAAGGGCUAGCUAACGCAGCAUUCAAAAAUAAAUAGACAACUCCAACAAACUAAUUGGAGAAUGUGCACAGAGAAGAAGUUUCUAAGGAUACAGAGCGGACCUUUAACGACGCGUUUGUUUUGAAGAAUAUAAUCAGCUGUCUUGUUACGCUCUUCUUUGCACUAAGCUAUUUACAUUUCAGCCACAUUACAGAAUCCCUCACAAUGAGAAAGCCUUUUGCUUUUUUCUCCUGUUUCUGUCUCUGUAGGAUCUUUGCUCUAUAGGCACUAAUGCACCAACCACCAACAUAAUUCAUCGUUUAACACAUGAAAAUGCAUUUGUGUUAUUCCCACAAUGCUUUGUAUAUGUCUUUUAAGCUUGAUUAUGCCUUACAUGUUGAAUUAUGUUGGACAUCUUUAAUGCUAAUCUUCUCCCUCUGUCCUCAUCUUCUCAGUCCUGGCCAUGCAUGAGAAUGUCCUCAAGUGCCCGACCCCUGGGUGCACAGGAAGAGGCCACGUCAACAGCAACCGUAGCACCCACCGGAGGUAAAUCCACAGGAGGGGACGGUCAAAUAUUUGCACCAUAUUCAUAGAUAAGUCGCACUGUGAGGCUAACAUUUUGAUUUCCCCUCUUCACAGUCUCUCAGGCUGUCCUAUUGCUGCUGCAGUGAAAGUCUCCAAACCUCAGGACGAAAGCCUGAAAUGCAGACAAACACCUGACCGCUCACCCAGGUACACUGCCAGAAAAGACGGAGGAUUUUGAAUCGUUUCAUAUGUGCUGAAAAAUAAUUACAGCAAGAGUACAAAAAUGGCAUUUGGCCAUUGUAGUGUACUGAAGUUGUAAAAGCAAAACUGAGGUUAUGCAAAAAAAAAAAAAAAAAAAAAGAGUGAUAAACACUAUAAUUGUUAAAGAGAGAGUGGGAUAUUUUUAUUCCAUGAUCCCAGCAGAACGCAUGGUCUAUUUCCAGCUUUCCAAGCAGACAUAAGCAACGGUUGCUGGUCCUGUGAGUUCCUCUCUAUUAGAGAUGAUAAAAGAGCAGAACUCUUUGUUCCCUGUGGAUAUAUCAUGGGCAGCAUGCCCACUCCUACUAUAUUAAUUAGUCUGGCAACCUGGCUGUGGAUCUACAACACACAUCAGAUCCCAGACUCUAUGUGUACAAAAGCACUGGCAUCCCUGAAUGCUCUAAAACAAUGUCUAUGCUUAAGUGCUUAAUAUGAGCCUGUUGGGCACUUGUUAUUGCAUUUUUAUUGCAGGGCACCAGUUUUUCCCCAAUAAAAUCAACUCUUUGUUUAUUAAUUUGUCUCCUCACAGAGCCAUGGGCCUGAUAAAGAAGUUUGAGAUGAACCAGUUGAACUACAGGCUCUCUCACCCUGUAGCGGCCUUGCAAACGAGCCUCACAAAAGACAUGGACAAGUACAGCAGAAUCCGCUUUGAUUACGCCAGCUUUGAUGCACAGGUCUUCGGCAAACAGCCUCUAAUGGGGACCAACCAGGACCAGGAAAUGUCACAUUUCCCAGACUGUAAGUAUCAAACAUGUUAUUUGAAUGAGAAAGCACGAAUGUCCUAAGUUAACAUAUUGAACACACCCUCAUUCAUUGUGGCUUUUGUUCAGCUACAAGGAUGCAUCUGUUUUGAACGGUUUUGUACCAUUAAGUUGGAGUAGGACACCUGGUGUCUCCGUAACUGAAUUAUUCACUAAUUAUUUGUCUUUUAGCACCUCAGCAGUAUCCUGGCUUCCUUGGAGCUCCAGGUGGCCGUUUGCCCACCUCUGGUCAGCACAGCCCCCCGAGUCAAUUCAAAAAAGAAGACGGUCUCCAAGCGGCAGCAGCGACCGCCGCCAUCCUUAACCUCUCCACUCGCUACCGGAAGAACAUGGAGGCUGUCGCCGGCCGGCCCUUGGCAACCUCCACAAAGGUAAUCAAAUUAGACCACUUGGAAAGGUAUUUAAUGUGGUCAUUUUAAAGGAACUCUGAUUUGUGUAUAAAAGGAAAGACAUCAAAAGACAGAAUUUGGCAAAGGGAGCUGGGCGCUCUGGUGGCAGAAAAACAAGGAGGGUUCCUCUCUAUAAAGCUUUAAUGUACACAAAUAAAAAUUUGUGUAAUCACAUCAAAAGAAGAAAGACAUUCAGCCUUCUUUCCCAAUUACAACUACUUGAAUAUUUUUUUUAUUAAACAUGUGGUAGUGUAUUUUGUUCGACAUCAGCUGGCAUGUAAAAACCCUGAACUGUUGUCUGAAACUGCAUCUUGCCCGCUGCAGAUGGCAGAGGAUAUUUUGCUUAGUUAUAUGAUCCAGCAUAGACUGUGUGUCUACACAUGAUAGUCUUUACAAGCAUUUUAACGGAUUAAACCAAUCAGUUAAAGGAGUUAACAUCUGAAAAGUUUAAUUCACUCUUAAUCCAAACUCGUCUGCUGUCAUUAUCUUCGGCAUUGUGCUCAUCUUUCUCCAAACUCUCUUUAUGAUUAAUAUUGAUCACAUUCUGUGGGUUACAUACGUGCAUACUGUACUGUAGAUGAUUCAAGGUUUCCACACCUACACAGCACAGAUCCUUGUCUCCCAGCUUGUUGAGCUGAGAACGUGGCCUUGUACCAGGUACCAGCCCACUGAAUGAAUAAAACAGUGUUAGCAAGUUAAUCAUCUGUUCUCGUUUACAGCUUAGUUGUCUUGGAGAGUCGCACAAAAUAAAGAACAGCUUUCAGGUCUGAAAAAAAAAGGGGGGGCCAUAUUUAGAGUGUUACAUGUCAUCGGAUGCUUUAACUUAUCUGCAUAUGUAUAUGACACGUUGAAAUAUCACACACUUAGAGGACCAAAUAGCUUUCCUUUAAAGCGUGAAUUCAAGCUAAUUUUACUUAUUCAUCCGCUCGUAGGAUAUCAUUAGGUAUUCGAAUACAGCGAGAGGUAAAGAACUCUAUACUGAGUUUUAGUUUUCUGCUGCACUUUCGAACCUGCACAUGAAAAUAAAUUGCAAUAAGUCUUUGAGUUUUGACUUUGUGCACACAUCAUCAAAUGGCUGCAUGAUUUAAGUGGACAGCCACAUCCAGCGUCCUUGUAAAUUAUCCCCUUUAAUUAAUUUGAAAAGCCUCCCUUUGUUACAAAAAAAAUAAUGAUGUAUAGGGUUUAAUGAAACAUAUGCGUUGAAUAAUUGGUUUCGUUUAUGAAAAGGGGAUUUCAGCAUUUAAUGAGGUAAAACUUUUAAUACCAUAAAACAGCCAUAAGUCAUCAUGCUAUUGCGUUUCAGCGCAGCAACGACAAACACAUCUGUCAGCGGGGUAACUUAUGCCACAUUAAGCUUUUUAAUUUUUGCAAUAAUAAUGAUGACCUAAAACCAGCAACCCCUCCCCAACCCCCAGCUGCCAUCUUGGUUGUGUGUCCUAGAAAACAGAUGACACAGCUGUCACUGAAAAACUACACACCAGUGAUUAUUUUUUUUUGUGUUCAGCAGAAUUAACGCUGGCUUAGUUUGGUACUUUGUCUGGUGUGAGAUAACCACUGUACGUAUUAUUUAAAUGCAUUUUGUGUUUGCUUUGCGUUUCAAGAUAUUUUUCAUGUUUACAGAGAAAUGCUGUUAGGUUCAAGUUUACCAUAUCACCACUGUCAUAUUAAUGAGGCAGCGUACGGUUUUAUUUACACUCCUUUCAGUGUAAUCAGGAAAAAAGGUCCUGUUUUUCUCCCCUGUUUCAUUUGUUUUCACAUAUCAGCUCACACCGCAAUGAUAUAUAAGGCACUCAUUAUCUAUUGUACUCUUUAGAGCAUGUUUUGACUUGUUGUUAUUGAUUUAAAUUAAGGAUUCAGCUUCUUUGUCUUCAGGACAUGCUCAUAGAAGUGGAUGAAAACGGCACCCUGGACUUGAGUAUGAAGAAGUGUAAAGAAACUAUAAAAGCGCAAACAAAAACACCUUUGGACGACCCGCUGUCCCCGUCUGAGUCCUCUAUGGCCAAAAGCGGGACAAUGCUCAUCAGCCCCGCCUUCUACCAGCCGCUGUGUGAGAGAGACAGCUGGGAGAGCCCUGUCCCUGUCAACUUCAGCAAAGCACACGUUUUACAGGAUCCAGAGGUAAGGGAAAAAACAAAAACAACAAUAACAACUGCCACUUUAGAUGUAAUCUGGACAUGCAAAAAUGCACUUAGUGCGCUGGAAAUGGGAAAAAUCAAAUGAUGCUUGUUUGAGAGUGACAUGGUGUACAGUAUCUGGUGUUGUAAUACGUGACAAACAGAGAGCUCAGUUACACAAAGUGACGAUGCCACAUGGAGAUGAAGCAGCUCUUUAAAAGACAAUAAAAAGAGGGAUAGUAAGAGUCACGAUGCCCCGGGAAGCAGGACCUGAGACAAGGUUUUACCUGAAUACUUUUUAAAGUUCUUUGAAAAAUAACUUUGAUUGUUCCUGUUUUAAUCUCAAACUGACUAAUGCAGCUAUAUUUUCUCUGUCUACUCUGAAAUGAACACAAUAAAGCUGACUUAAAUAACUUUGUCAGAACUCUUUCUUUCUGUAUCAUCUCAAGAACUUGGGCCUGAUAGAAAAGCCCUCUAGAAAAUAUAUGAUGAAAACUUUAGGCCCAUCUACCUGAAAUACAGUACUGCAAAUUAAUUUUCCAUGAUGGUCUUAAGGCUGUUUCAAAGCCCUCCUCUCUCUUUUAAGAAUUUAAGGAAUACUGGGUCUUCUUUUUUUUAUCAUUAUCUAUCAGAAUCAAUAAUAAAUAUAAUAUCUAUAUCACCUUUGAUAUAUCAUCUUUGAGGUUGUCAAAUCAUUAAAAUAUAUAAAUACUCUCUUUUAUUCUUAAUUAAAGCGUCGACCUGUUUGCAGAGAAACUGGUCAAACAUUUACCUUGACUUUUUUUUGUCAUUUCAUACAAAGAACCGGUGCCGGUUUGGGCGUCAUAUAUCAUUUCUGUACGGGGGGCCUGGCUGAAUCUUAAUCUGUGUUUUUAAAGGUUUUCUUCUCGGUUGGUAUUCGGUUGUCGUUGAUAUUAUGAGUUAUCACAUCACAUGUGACCUGCUUUUAAAACACAGACAACAUCUGGUGUCGGCACAAUCUUGCCUGUGAAAAAAAAGAAAUCCAUACGUCAUGGCUAUACAUCAUAAAUACUUUGUGGAUUAAGAGUGACUUUAAAUGGAUGUAUGGUUUACUACAGUGUAAGUAUCCUUAAGCAUAAUCUCUCUGCUUUGCACUCUAACCCUUAGGGUUUGUGUUUUAAGAGUAUUAUUCAGAGCUUUUCAUUAAUUAUUCACUUUUAGGUCAUUGAGGCUCGUGGUCAGUCAGGCCUGAUAGACAUUAAAACCAUGUUUUCACUUGUUUCUUUCUCUGUAGGAGGAUUAUGAUCACAUCUCUUUGGAGGACCAACAAUAUCAAGGAGAUGGCAGCAUGCUGAGUCCAAAAGCCAAGCUGCUGUUACGGGACUCAAAGAAAGAGCUUUUGAGGUAUGAAGACUGAAACAACUAGAGGCAUCUUUAUCCAGUCAGCUGUGUAUAAUGUGAGCCUCCCCUCUAGUUGGCAGAUGGUCAGCUGUUACUAAAGGAGUUUAGCGCAGAACCGUACCUUUGUUUCAAUGGGGCACUUUGAUAAAAGUGAGUGAAAAACGCACUGAAACUCACACAUGGUUAUGACUGGUAUUUCUGCAGGUUCAUGUGGAGCAGAAAUGUAUUUGAAAGUGAGUUUUCUCUCUGUAUGUCCUGUAAAAGCUUACAACUCUCAGCUCUUGUAGUUAGAGUGCAUGCUCUGCUGGGUCUCCUCUUGAGAAUAACUCUACGAGAAAAAGUAGGAUUCUCUAGUUUUCCACGGCACAGCACUCCCUCAGAUCUCCACAGUGACAUUCAGAAACACUACCAAACUGGAUAUAUCGAGCAGAAAUAAUUUUUUCCACUAAACUUCCUGCCGUACUAACUCUUAUUUUUCUCUUUAACACCCAUGUAAAGGUUGUUGGUGUAACAAAAAAAAAAGAAAAAGAAAAAAAGAUUCAGUUCAAGCUUGGCAAAGUCUGUGGGAAGUGGAGUAAUCUGUGCAUUAAAUGCUUUGUGUUCUCCUGCAGCUGUCCGACCCCAGGCUGUGACGGCAGCGGCCAUGUGACGGGGAAUUAUGCAUCACAUCGGAGGUACCGUAAUUAAUUACUCUCUCAUUAGCACCAGCUAGCAGAUAUAAAGACGAGAGGGAAACAGUGUUGAGUGGUUAAAUUAUGUUAAUUAUUACAGUUACAAACUUGUCACAUAGCUUGUAGAGUUUAAUAUCAAAUAGCACUUGAUAUAAAAAAAAAAAACCACACUGACACAAUAAGCUUUCUAAUGACAAGGGGGUAGAAUUGUGUUUUCAUAUAAUUUAGUAUAAAUAUGCGUUGAGACAUUGUAUUAAGAUUAUUCAAUUCAGCUGUGAUCAAAGAGUGCAUUAAAAUGACUGUUAGCUCUUUAUCCUCUCUAGUGUGUCUGGAUGUCCCCUGGCUGACAAAACACUCAAAUCACUGAUGGCAGCCAACUCUCAGGAACUAAAGUAUGUGUUUUGAAAACUGUUAUUGUUGCUAAAGGAUUUAUCACGUUGAACUAGGCAGCUUGUUUUUGCCUCAGCUUUGGGUCAAUGCUUUCCUUUUUCCCUUUUCCUUCUCUUUCUACCACACAUUAAGCACCAUUUCCAUGAACUCCACAUGAAGUUGUUUUUUGCUAUUUGUACUCUCUUUCUGCAUAUUAGCAUGAAUCCAGUGCUCUGCUUGCAGUCUUUUGCUGUAAAAAGCACCUGGUCUCUGUGUCUCUCAACCUGCAGGUGCCCAACACCUGGUUGUGAUGGAUCUGGACAUGUGACUGGGAACUAUGCUUCGCACAGAAGGUAGCAGAGAGAAAUCAUCGCAACUGAGCAUGAAAUACAUUUAUCAGAUGCAUGACAUUCAAACAGAUGGUGAAAGUCUCACUUUAUGCUGCAAACAUGCUGCACUUUUUGAAUUCUUGUGUUUAUUGAUUUACUUGGCUGCCUCCUCAUAUUACCAUCGAUGUCUCUAGCAGUGCAUGUCUGUCGUGUUUUAAAACCCACAUAACUCACCAUUUAAACAGAGCAGCGCCGUGUGUUAAUGCAAAGUAAAGAUGUAUUGAGCAGAUGACAUGAUUUGGAUUUAUAGGUUUAGAAUCGACUGAAAACUGCCUAAAACAAGUCACCUUUGUUUUUUUUACUCCAGUAUAUUUCCUCACAUUAACCCAUGCUGUCUCCAAUCGUCUUCAGCUUGUCAGGAUGUCCACGUGCCAGAAAAGGAGGUUUGAAGCUCACACCAAACAAGGAUGACAAAGAUGAGCAAGAGCUUAAGUAAGAGAUUUGUUUUUUUCCCCCCUCAUCCCGUGCUGUCAUGUUUUUUUGUUUGGAAAAUAAAACAAGAAAAACAUUGUGAAAAUGCGUCAUGUGUUUGUGCCUGUGGCGUUAUACCUGGAGGCCAUUAAGUUAAACAAAGAAAAUAAUUCUUCUCUUGCCGCAACAUUAGUGAAUUAUUUUCUGAGGAUUAGCAGUUUGUUUUUGUGGGAUUUUUCCAGGGUUUUUGUUUUUUCCCCUGUUUUCUGAAUGGAAUAUCUGGCUUAUUACUCUUCCCUGAGUGCUUUCUUUGUAAUUAAACUAUAUUAAGAAAAUGCUGAAUUGCUUGCUCUGAUGGCAUUGCACUUAUUUGCGGCUUAAUCACUGUCUGUGAAAGUGUUAUUGGAAAAAAAAAAUAAUGUAAUUGAUUUGCAGUUAAAUCCAAAGUCAGAUAUAUGAGCCCUUGUUUACUUAUACAUCUGGACACAGAUUUUUUCUUUUUAAUUACUAAUGCAAGGCCACGAGCUUAGGAAUUAGACUGGAAUAGAUCUCAUACACAUUAAGAGAGAAAGAGAGAGGAAGGGGGAGGGAAGCAAAUGUCCCUAGAUUAUUGUAAAUAGUGGGCCAUAUGGCAUGGCUCCAUUGUCCUGGUGCCUUGCAUCAAGCUACCUACCUGUGCUGGUUGGAAGUAAUGGAACUGCUGUUGUUUUGUCCUCUAAGUGCUGCGCUGCUGUCGAGUAACAAAAUGCUGAAACAGGCUUUUUGCAGCAGCACUCUGCAGCAUGUGUGCUAUUUGUAUCAUCUCAGGUGACCUUUCACCUUUAUCAAUAAGGGAAAGGGUUAGCCACCCCCCUAAAUUACGUUCUUUCGCAUGAGGGGAUCCAUGACAAUUAUCUGUAAUUCAUGUCACUCCAUUACUGACCUGCAGAAAACAGGCCUCAAUUCCAACUGACAAACUCUUAAUGAUAUUCAGAGUUAUGUUUUCAAGCACAAAUAUCAGCAACCUCAAAAAAAAAAAAAAAAUCCCACUAAACAGAGCGCUCGUUCCGCCCAAAGUUUUAGUGGAUUAGUAACUUAUAGUUAAUGCGAUUAUUUCUAGUUUUGGCGACUUUAUUUUUAAUCAGCAUUUGGCUGGAUUAAUCAACUUAAUGGUUAACAAAUCUUCCGGUCUAGUUAUUGAAAGAGAGAUUUGUUGUUUUUUUAAUGAUGUGGUUGUUAUUUUUUCAGCAGUUAAAUGUCUGUGUUUUGUCUGGAGCUUAGAAAUAUCAUUUAAUACAAGUUGGUCACAUAUUCCCAGUGUGAAUCAGCAGCGUUCACAGGUUUAAACGUGCGCAAAUCUUUUUGUCUCUCUCCGGUAGGUGCCCAGUACUCGGAUGUGAUGGGCAGGGCCAUAUAUCGGGAAAAUACACAUCCCAUCGCAGCGCAGGCAGUUGUCCACUUGCUGCCAAAAGACAGAAGGAGUCGUCCAUCAAUGGGCUGCCCUUUGCCUGGAAGGCCAAUAAACAGGAACUGCCCCAUUGUCCCUUGCCUGGCUGCAAUGGCCUUGGACAUGCCAAUAAUGUGUUUGCCACUCACAGAAGGUGAGGUCGCCUGUCCUCCAUUUUAUCUUGAAACAAUGCAGCCGGUCGACAUGUUGCGUCCCUACAAUGGCUGCUUUACUCCCAUUAACAGUCUCUAUUGAUGCCCAACUUUGUGAUAUCCUUCCACCUAAAAUCUGUCAUUUAUGACCUGCUGUACUAGCUUGUCGGGUUGCCCCCUGAACGCACAGAGUAUCAAGAAAAAGCACACAGAAGAAGAGAUGACUAUCAAACUGAAAGCAAGCAGUGGUAAGCUACUCCAGAGCUCUGUGUGUGAUGAAAUAGCACAAUAUUUAUGGCCACGUGUAUACUGAAUCAGUAUUUUCUACUUGAGCAUGAUAAAUAAAAGGAUUCGCUUCAUCUCAGGUGUUGAAAACAAAGAAGAUAUUCAACAUUUGGAUCAUGAAAUAAACGAACUGAAUGAGUCCAAUAUGAAAAUAGAAGCAGACAUGAUGCAACUCCAAACCCAGGUAAAUAUCCAUUCUGACGUGCCUCAUUUUUCAGGACAUGGAAGUUUGAGAUCUCAAUUUUACACGUUUGUGUUUCUGCUGUGUGUGUUUUUUUUUUUGUACUCGAAAGCAGAUCUCGUCUAUGGAAUGUAACCUGAAGACAAUUGAAGAAGAGAACAAGAUGAUCGAACAGCACAACGACAGCCUCCUGAAGGAGCUCGCUCGCCUUAGCCAAGCUCUCAUUAACAGUCUAACAGACAUUCAGCUGCCUCAAAUGGUACAGUAAGCCUUGACCACUGACUCCAACACCACCACUCAUUAUAUCUAACCUGUCCUGGAAGAUAUCUCAUUUUCUAUAAAUUGUCUUUUUCUGCUCUGCUGUUGUCACUAAUAGUCACACGUGUUUUUGUUGCAGGGACCCAUCAGUGAGCAUAAUUUUGAAGCCUAUGUGAACACAUUAACUGAUAUGUACAACAACUCGGAGCAUGAAUACUCUCCAGAGUGCAAGGCCCUCUUGGAUAAUAUCAAACAGGCUAUUAAGGGCAUCCAUGUUUAA